UUUUGUCCAGAUAAUUUCGUAUUUGGCCAAUCUGGCGCUGGAAACAAUUGGGCUAAAGGAUACUAUACUGAAGGUGCUGAACUGGUUGAUUCUAUCCUAGAUGUUCUUCGUAAAGAAGCGGAAUCAACUGAUUGCCUUCUUGCAAUUUGUGUUAUUUGUACUCUAUUUUAA